CGUGCCCGCCGCGCGCGCGUUCCCAGCCGGACCUGCCUCGCGCUCGCACUUCGCUCAGCUGCUUGUGCGUGAAGUCGGACUCAAACUGUCGGCGACAGAAAGGAGUUGAAGAGGAUGUGUUUUUUUUCACAAUUUAGACUUUUUCUGUCGCCUGAAGAGUUAACGUGGUUUUAUCUGCUCUGACGGAGGAAGAAGGAAAACAACCGUCAUUGAAAAAGGAGCGUGCGACGAGAAUCACGUUAAGGUUGCGUCAGUGUGGUCGCCAUGCCAGACGAGUCCCAAGGUUCCCGGGCCAAGGGAAGCCCUGGUGAAGAAGCAUCCAACGUGCCUCUAGUGCCGGACAUUGUUAUCUGCGGCGAUGACGAGCGCGGAAUGGCCGAAGGCAAUGUCGUGGAGCUCGGCGAAUUGGGUCGAGCAGCGGGCGACGUCGAACAGACCACAGGGAACAGCGACGUUGACAUGCAGCACGGACAUCACAGCAGCAGCAGCGACGUCGCACUGAGUGGACGUACUCCUGGUUCCGGCGGCCAACCGGAACUGGGGCAGUCCCCGGUUCAGAUCAGCACGGCGAGAACAGCGCAGGCGCCGGAACCUCUCCAGGCCAGGGCGGUGGGGGUGACCCCGCCCUGUUCGUCACAGGCAAAAAGAAGCUGCAAAAUGGACAGCAAACACGCAAAAUCAAGCUCCACUAGUUUUGGCAGUCCUGAACCCCGUUUAGUGGAUUCUGACACAGUCACCAAAAACAGCCCGGAUGACGACAGAGGAGCACGCGCGACGGACUGGAGUGGUAAACCGGACUCUGCGUCCGUGAGCAGCGGUUCCACCGCGUCCCCGGACGUCCCGUCCAAGACGAGGAACAGCAUCGACCAGGUCAGGUGGCUGCAGGUGGAGGAUGACGAGGACAGGCGGAGUGCCCGGUCCAGGCGGAGCGUGAAGGAGGGCCUGUGCGGCUGCUACCACGUGGUGCACAGGGCCUUUCUCCAGUGCGUGGAGGAAACGCCCGCCAUGCUGCCUGGACUGGUGCUGUCCAUGGCCUUCUGCGUGGCCCUCAUCAUCGUCAUCCCCUCCACAAGUCCGUCGUCGGAGGAAAUCCUGGAGCACGUGGGGGUUCUGUCGGCGCUGUGCGUGGUCCUGUGCGUCAGCACGCUGCUGCUCGUCUGCCUGCCCUGGCUGGCCACCGUGAGGCGCUGCCGCGGAGCCUUGUCUCUGUUCGUCUGGGCCACGCUGUACAUCGUCGCUGUGGUCUUCAUCUUCACCGAGGGACAUGUCACCAUAUGGGAACAGGUAGCGUUUUUCCUGUUCCUGUCCAUAAGCGUGUACACGGUGCUGCCCCUCUCGCUGACCUGGGCCCUCAUAGUCGGAAUGGGGACCAGUGUUUCACACAUCAUCAUAAUCAGCGUCUACGUCCCCAUCAAAAGCCCUCAGACACAAGACUUGGCAGUGCAGCUGGUGGCGAACGCCGUGCUGUUCGUGUGCGUGAACUGCAUCGGGAUCUUCCACCUGUGGACGGUCCAGCACGACCUCAGGAGAUCCAACAGGAAAAGAGAACAGUACAGCGCCAUACGCUCGCGGAAGGAAAUCAGGAAAUAUCAACAGGAGGAGCUCCUCCUGUCGGUGUUGCCGAGGUACAUCGCCGUGGAGCUGAAGUCGGAGGUGAUAAAGAGGCUGACGAAGCCAAAGAGCAACAAGGAGACCGAAUCCCCCAACGGCAACAACUUCCACAGCCUCUACGUCCGGCAGCACAAAGACGUCAGCAUCCUGUAUGCAGACAUCGUGGGCUUCACAAAGCUGGCGAGUACAUGCACCCCCGAGGAGCUGGUUGUUAUGCUCAACAAACUUUUCGGGAAGUUCGACGACAUCGCUAAGAAGAACGGCUGCCUCCGCAUUAAGAUCUUAGGCGACUGCUACUACUGUGUGUCUGGUUUGCCUGAUCCCAUUCCCAGUCAUGCCAGGAACUGUGUGCAGAUGGGGCUGGACAUGUGCACAGCCAUCAACGAUCUGCGAGAGGCGACCGGUGUGGACAUCAGCAUGCGCGUGGGGGUUCACACGGGCAACGUCCUCUGUGGUGUGAUGGGCCUGCAGAAGUGGCAGUACGACGUGUGGUCACAUGACGUGACACUGGCCAACCACAUGGAGUCUGGAGGGCUUCCCGGGCGAGUCCACAUCACAGAGGAAACACUGCAGCAUCUGAAAGGAAAGUACCAGGUGGAGGAUGGGGAUGGGGAGAGUCGCAAUCCCCUCCUGAAAGGACGGAAAACCUACCUGGUGAUUGACCCUCACAGGCGGGACGCGCUCCCUAGGACGAACAGACUGACAAAAGGCCUGGCUUCAGGCGAGACCACCAAGCGGGCGUCGGUGCGCAUGUCGCAGUACAUGCAGGGCUGGCGCAGCAUCCAGCCGUUCGCGGGCCUCAACAGCCACGAGGCCUCGUCGGCCAAGAGCUCCGUCAUCGCCAGCUGUGCUGCAGCGAGCCAGUGCCAGCUGAAUGCAGAAAAGCUGCCACUCCACACCAACCCCUCCAGUUUGUUUGUGGAUAAUGAGGUUAGGGGCUCACUGGACACGGUGAACGUGGCAGGGAGGAGGGCGAAAAGGCUCAACUGUUUGACUCUGCUGUUCAAUGACCUGAGCCUGGAGAAGCAGUUUCGUCUUUCAGAAGUGAAGGGUUUGCACCAGUCCAUCAGCUGCUUAGCGUUGGUCUUUGUAACGCUUUUUACCACCCAGAUGCUCGUGUCCAAACAGAACUUUGUGAUGGCUGUGUCCUACGGCGCCACCUUCCCCGUCCUUGUGCUGAUUCUGUCCAUUGCUUUCACCGGAUACUUGGAGAAAUGGCGCUCUAAGAUUCCCUCCGGGGUCGACUGGAUAACAGGGGUGUCCCGGGGCAUUUCCACCAGGGCAGCGCUGCGGCUCUUUGUGGUCGUCCUCUGCGUGCUCAUCACGCUGCUCAUGGCGAUCCUCAACUUUUUCUUUCAACCAGGCAACAAUUGCACGUCUAUCACCAACCAGACAGAACUAGAGGGUAUGAAGCUCUACAAUCUGCCUUACUACCUGUAUUGCUGCCUGCUUGCCAUGCUGGGAGUGGUUGUGUUCGUCAGGACGUGCUUCUCGGUGAAAACGCUGCUGCUCACCCUGGCUGUGGUGGUGUACCUGGCCCUCUUCCUCUACGUUUACGCCCCCAGGUCCUUCUGCCUCACCAGCCUGGUGUACAACAACACAAAACCUGGCGUCCUGAAGGACCCUCGAAUCAUGUCCGGGGUCUGGCUGGUCAUCUUUUAUAUCGUCUGUCUUAUAUUGGCUAGACAGGAUGAGCUGGGCUGCCGUGUCGACUUCUUGUUGGACAAAUGUUUCCAGAUGGAAAGAGAGGAGAUGGAGACCAUGGAGAACGUCAACAGGCUUCUCCUCCAAAACGUCCUGCCUCUGCAUGUGGCCUCCAUCUUCAUCGGCAAAACAGUGCAUAACCAGGAUCUGUACAGCCAGUCAUAUGACUGCGUGUGCGUGAUGUUCGCCUCGGUGCCUCAGUUCAAGGAGUUUUACAGCGAGAGCAGCGAGAACAGGGACGGCCUGGAGUGCUUGCGCUUCCUCAACGAGAUCAUAGCGGACUUUGAUGAGCUCCUUAACAAGCCCAAAUUCUCUUCAGUGGAGAAGAUUAAGACAAUCGGCAGCACUUACAUGGCUGCUGUCGGACUUACACACUCACCUCCAGGAGAGGAACUGAAGAAAUGCGAGAUGACUUACAGCCAUGUGCGCGCUAUGGUGGAGUUUGCCAUUGCUCUAAUGGCCAAACUGGAGUCGAUCAAUACACAUUCUUUCAACGCCUUCAAACUGAGGAUCGGAAUAAACCAUGGCCCAGUUAUUGCUGGGGUGAUUGGAGCUCAUAAACCUCAGUAUGACAUCUGGGGGAACUCUGUUAAUGUUGCCAGCAGGAUGGAUAGCACAGGAGUGCUGGACAAGAUACAGGUGACAGAGGAGACUGCACAGGUGGUCCAGAGCGUGGGAUACAGCGUCACGCUCCGAGGAGUAGUCAACGUGAAGGGCAAAGGAGAGCUCACCACCUAUUUUGUCAACACGGACCAUUUGUCUCCUCAGUUCUGACCUCUGCAGUCAAACACUGGACAAGCUCAAGUUAACAUUAGCUGAAAAUACUUCACAGUGUGGUAUGAAGCUGUUCAAUGCGGGCUGUAACCUGUACCUCGUAUCUUCUGAACUGCAGCAGGUUACAUGACAAUGCUUGAAUCACCCGAGUUGAGAUGACUUGAAUAUACGUCUGCACGUUCACCUCGAUGUGUGACGUUCACAAGCAUCUGCACGGACUCCACACAGAAACAGAUCGUCUCUUAUUCCUUUAGAUCUGCUCCAGAGCUGACUGCCUUCAGAUUAGAGACUAAGUAUAUUUCAGACUGGCUACAUGAAGACAUGAAUGGCCAGUCACAUUAUUGAUCUUAUGCUGUAUUACUGUAUGUGUCGAUUUCCCACCAUGCACUUGUCAUUGUACUGUCCUGCACUGCCUGUAUAAUCUGAAAGACUUUUUGGCACAAUUACCAUUACGUCAUCGUAUGCAUUAUCUACACAAUGUGCGUGUUUAUUCUACUGAUAGAAAUAUUGUCUUUAAAGAAAAUAUAAUUUCAUGAAGGAUAUCAUUGAAGGAGCUUAUGCCUUACAUAAGCCAAAACAACUGUGCUGUUUACAUCACAUUUUGCUGUUUAGUACUUACAGACUUAGCUCAUUAUGCUUUUAAGUUAUGAAGGACAUUUUAUUUAACGUUAAAUAUUUUUUGUGAAUAUUUUGGUAGAGUUUGUUUUAUGUAUCAGUAGUAGGGAAUUAGGCAUAAUCCUAACCUCCAAAAAUAAAUAAAUCUGAGAGGUUAUACAAUUAUUUACAAUUUAGGAAGAACAGAAUAGCACUCAAUACGAUAAGAAAUACUUAUCGACGUGUUUAUUACCAUAUAUAGGUUUUAUCUGUGGUUUUAAUUAUAACUAAUAUAUUUUUAUAUAUAAAAUGAUGUCAGUGAGGCAACCACGGAGGACAAUGUACUUUUAGUUGUAUAAAGAUAUGACCAAAAACAGGGAUUCUUGUUCACGGCUGGAACCGGACAGAUUAACAGUAAUUAUUCUGUAACACAAAUGAUGCCUUGCGCCAUAUGAGUCAGAUCAUGCACAUUUAUCAUUGCACUUUCUUGUUAGCUGUACUUAUUCCAUUGUUGAAUGCACACUAAAUAUGUGUUCCUUUUUUGCUAUAUAAUACUGUGAGGGCUGAUGUGAGUUGUGGAUGUAAAAACUGUUAUGUGGAAAUAUUUUCUAAUCUAUUUAUAAACGAAUAAAAGAGUUUGCUCAA